AUGGGCCAACCUUCACUUGUACUGUAUACAAUAAAGGAAGUGAAAGACGGUGAUAUUAAACACCGUAAAUUGUUGAAAGCCAAAUCAACAAAAAACAUGCCCAUCGAACAAAAAGAUACAAAGGAGAAGAUCCGAUCUGCAUUUAGUUAG